UCUUCCCACAGAGCGGCGCGCUUUGAAUGAGCUCGGGAGAAGCCGGGGACGGAGAGGGGCGGGGAUUACACCUUUCAGUGGGAAUCCUCUGUUCAAAAAGCUGCCAACGUCCUCUCGUAAGAGCGUGCCGGCCUGUUUGUGCUUUCACUACAACUCAAGAAACGAAAUAAGAGGACCGAAAUAUGCUCUCCACAAGCCGGACACCAGUUUACGGUCGUUGACUCAGAAGAAGUUUCUGACUUUGACUCCGCUGAAGACUGAGACUGACUGCAGUGAGACACAGAAAGAGAGAGAGAAAAGAAGACACAACAAAAACAGCUUACAAGUCGUGCAGGUGGUACACGCUGUUGACCGGGGAACCAGAUCACAGUAAGACUCAGCCGGACCUUCUCGUCUCACCUGAGCCUUCCUAGAAAGAUUAAAAUGUCCCUGGAGAGUUAUUCAGCGCUGGACGAGUCCUCUCUCCGAGCCCUGCUGGAUGGAACCGUGGAUCUGGACGAGAGACGCCUCAUCCGUUCAGCCAUCCGGGAGUUGAGGAGGAGGGAGAUCGAGGACAUGGAGGCCGCUCUGGCCAGCAAGAGAUUUCGACCCACACGCCUCAAACAGCAGGAGGACAAGGAGAACCAGCACAGGUCAGAAUCCAGCGACAACUUGGACGUCCUGGCACGGAAACUGCAGUCAAUCCAGGACAUUGAUGAGCUUACCAAAAUGCUCCGUGCUGCCAGCGAGUACGAGGAGAGGAAGCUGAUUAGAGCAGCAAUUCGACAAAUCCGAGAUGAGCAGCAACAAGGGCCUGUGGAGAGGGCUAAAGCUCCUGGUCGCUGCCUGGAUCCUGAGAGUGUGGAGCCCCCGAGCAGCAUGGGAACUGGAGAGACAGAGCGGGAGAGUCACAGUGAGCGAGAGCGUAUGAGAUCUCAGAUUCGGGAGUUACACGGCCAGCAGACACAACAAAGCAGAGAGCUGCAGAGAAGAGGCUCCAACUCAGGCAUGGUGUUGGUUCUUGAUCACCUGGUGAAGGAUGAUGGCCCUGGACCUCUGCUGAUCCAGCCUCAGAGAGAGGCUGUGACCACAGAGCCUGACCUGGUCCUGUCGCACCAUCAGAGGUCAGACUCCUCAGCUUCAGACCACAGCGUGACUUCGGUGCACUCCAGGUCCAAUCUGGAUUCUGUGGCCUCAGACAAGAGUCUGGGCUCAGCCUACAGAGCCCGGCUAGACUCUGGAGCCUCAGACAGGAGCCAGAGUUCCUCUCAGCGCGGCCGUCUAGACUCUGGGGCUUCGGAGAGAAGCGUCAGCUCCCAGUCCUACGUCAGACAGAGACUGGGCUCUGAUGUCUCCGACUCUGGUGUCAGACCCCGUUUGGGCUCUGGGGCUUCAGAUAGUGUUGGUCUUUUGUCAAGGAAACGCACUGACUCAGGGACAUCUGAUCAGAGCGUGAGUAUGUCCUCUGAGGAGAGGGGUCCUGGUGAGGAGGUGGAGAUCGCCACAAGUGGUUCAACUUACAGCACAGAUUCAGAAACUGAGAGCAGAAGCCAAGGUCCAGCCAGCCUCCAGGCUCAGUCCGACCAGGAUCACAUCGCUGACCAGGACCAGCCUGAUGGAGCCAUUUUAUCUCAGAGCGAUCCUGCCAAUGGGCUGCUCAGUGACAGUGCCAAGGGAAAAACUGACUACCAGAAACAAAAGAUAACAGUUAACAGGGAUCUUCCCCUCACUCAUGACAAAGCAAAGGAUUCUGCACCUGUGAAGAAAGAUGCUGUUUUGGAAAAAUUUAACCACACCAACUCUGUACGUGAUCGAAUGCGCAAGUUUACAGAGCCCAGCCAGAGCCCAAAUGUCCCAGCUUUUAAAAAAGCUCCUCUGAGGAAUGGGACAACCUCAGGCAGCAGCGGCCAGACAAAUCUCUCCAGAGCUACCGAGCUGUUUACACACACAGCAGCAUCCCUCCACACAUCUGGAGACUCCACAUCUCACACCUCUGCCACAUCUCAGAGUCAGGCCACACCUCAGCCAAGAGGAGGGGCUAACAAACCUCUGUCCUCAGCUAGCCAAUCGCAGAACUCCGUGGGUGGGACGAGGCACCCAGAUGAAAAAGAUGUGCACGCCUACAGUAACUCAAAGGAAGACAGGACCCCAGGGAGAGCAGCUGGACAGCAGGUCACCCAGGGAGAGGCAGACCCGGACAUGAAGACUUUCCUCACCAUUGAGAUCAAGGAUGGGCGCACCACCACCACCUCUACGUCCUCCCCAAGGGGCAACAUCGUCCCCAUCACCAGCAUGACCCCACGCAUCACCCCUAAUGCUCUGGGGCAAAGAGCAGAGUUGACUCUUGGCCUGAGAGCAACACCAUUCAAGAUCUCCUCAUCCAGCCUCUCCUCGGGGUCCUCCAUCAAGAUGGAGACAGAGCCCGUUAUGGCCUCCGAGCCGGUGUUUUCAGCUGGACCGUCUGCGCAGAUGGUGUGUCAAGACCCAGCUAUCCCCAACGGCUCCAGCACUCAGGCCAAGCCGGACGAGCGCUCUGGAAAACUGACUGCUGAACAGCUGGCUGCCAUCGAGGAUGAAGAGCUCCUUGACAAAAUGCUCGAUGAGUCAAAGGACUUUGAGGAGAGGAAGAUGAUCCGUGCAGCCAUGAGAGACCUUCGCAAGAGAAAGAGAGAGGCCAUGCUGGGAUGUACUCAAGAGGAAAUAGACCAGAGAGAAAAGGAGCGUGAGACCCGUCUGCAGGAGUUGCGGCAGCAGAGGGAAGAGCGCUCGCAGAAGGGUCGUGCCGGGGUCGGAGCUGGAGAGGUGGUGAUGAGGAAGGUGGAGAAGUCGGCAGAUGGUUCCACACUCAGUCAAGUCACAAAGACAGACCGCUUUGCCCAGUCUGAUAAUGGGAACAGAUCAACACGCAGCACUGUUGUUGAGGCCAGUUAUGUGCAGAAAACAGACAGAGGGACAGUCCAGUCAAAAUCAUACAGCUUCACCUCUUCCACUUCCUCUACCUCCUCAAACACAAGCAAAAAAGUGGGCAGCGUCUUUGAUCGCGAGGAUGACACGUCGUCUCGCAGCGGCAGCAGUGGGCUGGCUGCAAUGGAGCGAAGGCAGGCGGAGAGGCGCAAGGAACUGAUGAGGGCGCAGACUCUGCCAAAGACCUCUGCCAUGCAGGCCCGCAAAGCCAUGAUAGAGAAGCUGGAGAAGGAGGGAGGCGGCCCUGGAAAUCAGGCGGUUGCCAAGGUAAACAAGGUCCAGCGUUCCACCAGCUUUGGUGUACCCAAUGCAAACUCCAUCAAGCAGAUGCUGCUUGACUGGUGCCGUGCCAAGACCCGCUCAUAUGAGCAUGUGGAUAUUCAGAAUUUUUCAUCCAGUUGGAGUAACGGCAUGGCCUUUUGUGCCCUUGUGCACCAUUUCUUCCCUGAAGCUUUUGACUACAACUCCCUGAGCCCCAGCAACCGCAGGCACAACUUUGAAGUUGCCUUCAGCAGUGCAGAGACCUACGCCAACUGCAUGCCUUUGCUGGAAGUGGAGGACAUGAUGAUCAUGGGUAACAAACCCGACUCGAAAUGUGUGUUCACCUACGUACAGUCUCUGGUCAACCACCUGCGCAGAUACGAGAUGGCCAUGGGUCGGUCCUCUGAUCUCUGACCUGUGCUCAGUGAGCUCUCGGCCUCGAUGUGGCAUCAACCCUCUGCCCCCCCGGCCACCUACCCACGCUCCCCUUACCUUCACCAGCCCUGACCCUUCCCCAGCUCCAUCGUCACCUGAUGACCUCUGAUGGACAUGUUAGGGGAUAUGUAUGUGUGUGUGUGUGUUUGUGUGUCAGUUUGCUUUUUAUCUAUGUUGGCAGUGGUCAUUAUUUCAGCUUUCUUCUGGACACACAUUUUUAACACCUUUCUCUACUAAGUCAGCACCAAAGUUUUUGUAAGACUACCUUUUAAGCUUUAAAAUGUUAAAUACUUUUAAAACUCAAACUCAGCUUUGUGUCAGGUAAUAUUUAAUAUGCAGUAGCUCUGUCACUACGCUAAUGUGCUGAGAAACACCUCAAGAGGAAAAAGAUAAUUUUUUUGGAGUAUUUCCCCUUUUCAUUAUUUAUACCUACAUUUUCUGUGCUACACUUUUGUAAUUAUUGUAAAUUGUUAGCAUUGCUGUUGGUAAUUCCACUGAAGAAGAAACAUAUACCCAGCCCAAUAUAUGACGCAUUAUCUGGUUUUCAUUUUUGGUACUUUUUAAUUUCUACUCUGAUUGCUUUAAGUAUUUUAAUUAAGUUAUUUUUAUUCUCAUGUUGGUUUAAUCAAUUAGCAUCUGAGUAUUUAAUGCAUGAGCACAGGGAUGUUUUGUCUUCAUUGUUCAAAUGGAUUCAACAUUGUUAUGCUGUUGUUAUGCAUCAGGAGUCCAGCACUGACUAAUCUCACCUUUCAGAACUCUACAGUGCUACUGAGAUCAUGUUUCAGAUUUUUUGAACAUUUCACUCCUUGUAUCAUCAUUACUGUAUCAUCAUUAUAUUAUUCUAAUGGCAAAAAAUACUGCAGGUUCAACAUGUGUUAUGUGUUUUAUCCAGGUAGAAAGAACACAAGAGCAGAAGUGGGUUGCAGUCUGAUAUCAUACAGCUGAAUUGUAUCAGUACUUUGUUUCUUAUUGCGUGACUGAUAUGAUGUAUAUGUACAAAAAACCUUAGCCAUCAUCCCCCAGCAUCACUGCCACACCCUGCCAAACACACUCACACACAGCUCUGUUAGAGGGCUCCUUAUUUAUGCUUGGAUAGAUUUUUUGAUAUAUAUCUGUUUUGUUUUUUAAAAUUUUGUUAGUGUGUACAUUAUACUUUUAAAAGUUUUGUUUAAAGUAAGUCAAUAAGCUCAAGCUACGACGAUGUUUUGUGAAACAAAAUUGGUGUCACUUUUUGGACAAGUUCAUGGGCCUAAUGAAAGCCGGCUUUCAGUUUAAACAUGAGUAAUCAUGGCUGAACAUACCUGCCAACUGUAUAUUUUACAACCUGAAGCUAAGGAAAAUUUUUGAACAAAGAUUUUUAUUCUGCUUGUAAAAUUAAGGUUCCUUUGAGAAGAUGUCUAAAAUUUGGUUUCAGAGCCUAUUUUGGUGAAAUUUAUUUCUUAAAGCUCUGUUUUAGUAGAUUUAGAGAAAUUAUUAGAGAAUUAUUCCACUGCUGCUGAAAAACAAAUACCUUCCACCAGGCAGUGAGUGCUGUAUAUAAGAGCUUAAACACGUUAGAAUUUCAUGUUUCUGUGCACCACAGUUAAAUGUGAAUUAACAAUUAAAUCAAUUUGAGAAAUGAA